UUGUGUGGGAUUUCCUGUCUAGAAGCAGAUACGGAGGUUUUUAGGCGGUUUCAAGAUGUAAACGUAAUUUUAAUUUAUUCGAGCCGACAUUGAAAUCGCCGCUUUCGUGAACGGUCUUAGUUAUCCAAAUACACAUUUGCAUUUUAAAGACGUCUGUUAAGUGAUGAUCGAUAACUAAUAUUUGGCGUCCUCGUUGUGGAGAGAUGACUUGUUACGGCCAGGAGCGGAGCACAGGCUAUUGCAAUUUUAAUUUCCUGUUUUAGCGUCAGUGUGUGUGCUAUAUUGAGCUGUUGCUGUUGCUGAUGUGGCUUUAUGAAAGUUACAAAUUAUAAUACUGUGGUAGAAACAAACUCAGAUUCAGACGAUGAAGACAAACUCCAUAUUGUGGAAGAAGAAAGCAUCACAGAUACAGCCGACUGUGAAGGCGGCGUGCCAGACGAUGACCUGCCCUCAGACCAGACAGUGUUGCCCGGGAGCAGCGCAAGAGAAGGGAGCGCAAAGAGCUGCUGGGAGGACGAUGCAGGAAAGGAAGGACAAGAAAUCCUGGGGCCGGAAGCUCGGGCAGAUGAAGUGGGAUGUGCAGUAAAAGAUGAUGAAUGCGACUCAGAUGCAGAAAAUGAACAAAACCAUGAUCCUAACGUUGAAGAGUUCCUGCAACAACAAGAUACUGCAGUCAUCUACCCAGAGGCACCCGAGGACGACCAGAGGCAGGGCACGCCGGAGGCCAGCGGGCAUGAUGAAAACGGAACACCAGAUGCAUUUUCCCAGUUGCUCACCUGUCCGUAUUGUGACAGAGGAUAUAAACGCUUUACCUCUCUGAAAGAACACAUUAAGUAUCGCCACGAGAAGAAUGAAGACAACUUCAGCUGCUCCCUGUGCAGCUACACGUUUGCAUACAGAACCCAGCUCGAGCGCCACAUGACCUCCCACAAAUCAGGACGAGAGCAGAGACAUGUGACGCAGUCUGGGGGUAAUCGUAAAUUCAAGUGCACUGAAUGUGGAAAAGCUUUCAAAUACAAACACCAUCUAAAAGAGCACUUAAGAAUCCACAGUGGAGAGAAGCCAUAUGAAUGCCCAAACUGCAAGAAACGUUUUUCCCAUUCUGGUUCCUACAGCUCACACAUAAGCAGUAAGAAAUGUAUCAGCCUGAUGCCUGUGAACGGGCGGCCAAGAACAGGGCUCAAGACCUCGCAGUGUUCCUCACCCUCCCUCUCGGCCUCUCCAGGCAGUCCCACGCGACCACAGAUGCGGCAGAAGAUAGAGAAUAAGCCCCUUCAAGAGCAACUUCCCGUAAACCAGAUUAAAACUGAACCUGUGGAUUAUGAGUUCAAACCCAUAGUGGUUGCUUCAGGAAUCAACUGUUCAGCCCCUCUACAGAACGGGGUUUUCAGUGGUGGUGGCCCCUUACAGGCAACCAGUUCUCCUCAGGGUGUGGUGCAGGCCGUUGUUCUGCCAACGGUGGGUUUGGUGUCCCCCAUCAGCAUCAAUUUAAGUGAUAUUCAGAAUGUACUUAAAGUGGCGGUAGAUGGUAACGUCAUCAGGCAAGUUUUAGAGAAUAAUCAAGCCAAUCUUGCAUCCAAAGAACAAGAAACAAUCAAUGCUUCAUCCAUCCAGCAAGGCGGCCAUUCUGUUAUUUCAGCCAUCAGUCUUCCUCUGGUUGAUCAAGAUGGAACAACCAAAAUCAUCAUUAACUACAGUCUUGAACAACCUAGCCAACUUCAAGUUGUUCCUCAGAAUUUGAAAAAAGAAACCCCAGUCCCUACCAACAAUUGCAAAAGUGAAAAGUUACCAGAAGAUCUUACUGUUAAGUCUGAGAAGGACAAAAGCUUUGAAGGGGGAGGGAAUGACAGCACUUGCCUCCUGUGUGACGACUGUCCCGGGGACAUCAAUGCACUUCCGGAGCUAAAGCACUAUGACCUGAAGCAGCCCACCCAGCCCCCUCCGCCCCCCACCCCAGAAGCUGCCAAGUCCGAGGCCUCUGCUCCAUCGGGGUCCGGAGAUGGCAGUUUGUCUCCCAGUCAGCCACCUUUAAAGAACCUCUUGUCUCUUCUGAAAGCAUAUUAUGCUUUGAACGCACAGCCAAGUGCAGAAGAGCUCUCAAAAAUUGCUGAUUCCGUGAACCUACCACUGGAUGUAGUGAAAAAGUGGUUUGAAAAGAUGCAAGCAGGACAGAUCUCAGUGCAGUCUUCUGAACCAUCUUCCCCGGAACCAGGCAAAGCCAACACCCCUGCCAAGAGUGACGAUCAGCCUCAGGCUGCAGAUGCAGAUGAAGCCCAGGACAGCACAGGGAACCGCCAGAGCCCUCUGAAGAGAGCUAGCUCUCCCGUCUUACCAGGGGGCUCGGCCGUCAAUGGUUCCAGAAGCAGCGCCUCCUCCCCUUCCCCUCUGAACCUCUCUUCCUCCAGAAGCGCACAGGGUUACUCGUACCCGACAGAAGGGGCGCAGGAAGAGCCGCAGGUUGAACCUCUUGAUCUCUCACUACCAAAGCAGCAGGGCGAGUUAUUGGAAAGGCCAACUAUCACUAGUGUUUACCAGAACAGUGUUUAUUCUGUCCAGGAAGAACCCUUGAACUUGUCUUGUGCAAAAAAGGAGCCACAAAAGGACAGUUGUGUUACAGACUCAGAACCAGUUGUAAAUGUAAUCCCACCAAGUGCCAACCCCAUAAAUAUUGCUAUUCCUACCGUCACUGCCCAGUUACCCACGAUCGUGGCCAUCGCUGACCAGAACAGCGUUCCGUGCUUGCGAGCACUGGCUGCCAACAAGCAGACCAUCCUGAUCCCCCAGGUUGCCUACACAUAUUCGACCGCAGUCAGCCCGGCGGUCCAGGAAACACCCUUGAAGGUGAUCCAGCCCAAUGGAAAUCAGGAUGAAAGGCAAGACACUAGCUCAGAAGGAGUAUCCAACGUAGAGGAUCAGAACGACUCCGAUUCCACGCCCCCCAAAAAGAAAAUGCGGAAGACAGAAAACGGAAUGUAUGCUUGUGAUUUGUGUGAUAAGAUAUUUCAAAAGAGUAGCUCACUGUUGAGACAUAAAUACGAACACACAGGUAAAAGGCCCCACGAGUGUGGCAUCUGCAAAAAGGCGUUUAAACACAAGCAUCACCUGAUCGAGCACAUGCGCCUGCACUCCGGGGAGAAGCCCUACCAGUGCGACAAGUGCGGGAAGCGCUUCUCCCACUCGGGCUCCUACUCCCAACACAUGAACCACCGCUACUCCUACUGCAAGAGGGAGGCCGAGGAGCGGGAGCCCCCCGAGCCGGGGGCCGCGGGCCCAGGGGUCCCGUCCGAGCAGCACGCGGGGCAGGGCGACUCGGACGAGAGGGAGAGCUCGACGCGGGAGGAGGAUGAGGACAGCGACAAGGAAGAGGAAGAGGAGGAGGAGGAGCGGGAGCUGGAGGAGCUGGAGGAGGAGAAGGGAAGUGGAGCGGCGCGAGGGCCGGAGGAGGUGGAGGAGGAGGUGGAGGACGGGGAGGAGGAGAUGGACGAUGAGGAGGACGAGGACGAGGAGGCGGAGGAUGAAGGGGAGAGAGCAGAAACAGAAGGUGUGGGGCAGGGGGCGGGGGCUGGAAGCCAAGCCCACAGCUUAGAACACAAAGUCAGUGAGGGCAGCGAGCAGGUGUCCGAAGAGAAAACAAAUGAAGCCUAAUAGUUUUUCUAGAAAGAAAAUUCUAAUUGGUAAUGAAGUUUUGUUCUAUAUUAUACAUGCUUUUCAUGGAAACACAGUAACCUGUAUACUGUGAUUUCUGUUCACUACUGUGUAAAGUAAAAAUUUAAAAAAACACAAAAUCAAAAAAAAAAAAAAAAACCACACAAAAAAAAAUCCGGGUGUGCCUGAACCUCAGACCUAGUAAUUUUUCAUGCAUUUUUCAAAGUUAGGAACAAGUUUGUAACAUGAAGCAGAUUAGAAAACGUAAUGACUCAGAAAGCAGAGAUUUAACAGGUUAAAGAAAGCUGAUUGAUUAGAUGAGCACCUGACAUUGUUUCAUUUUAUCAGUAUUAAUUAGCACUCUUACGUUGGUUUAUUCUUAAGCUGUACAAUUGGGAGAAAUUUUAUAAUUUUUUAUUGGUAAACAUAUGCUAAAUCCGCUUCAGUAUUUUAUUAUGUUUUUUAAAAUGUGAGAACUUCUGCACUACAGAAUUCCCUUCACGGAGAAGUAUAAUGCAGUUCCAAACCGUGCUAACUACCUUUUCUAAAUUCAACCUAGAAGGUAGUCAUUUCUAAUAUUUAGAUGUCACAGUAGAGCGUAUUCUCAUUUAAAGUGUAUUGUUAGCCUUAAGAAAGCAGCCGCUAGAAGAGCUGAAGUUUCUUACUCAUGUGGUUUAAAAUGGAGUUGACGAGAUUGCCGUUGAGUUCUGAUUGCAGGGACUAACAGUGUUGAUACUGGUGAGACAGCAGAGACGUCAGAAUCAGUGUUCGUAAUUGUGUUUGCGUACGUGGUACACAAAUAUGAAGGAUGUGAUAUGAAGCUUUGUAUCUCCUCUGGCCUUAAGCAAGACCUGUGUGCUGUAAGUGCCAUUUAUCAGUAUUUUCAAGGCUCUGACCAGCCUCCGUUCAUGCGUGGCCUACAAUAACUAGCAUUUGUUGAUUUGUUUCUUGUAUCAAAAUUCCAAAAUAAACUUAAAAACCACUGACUCUGUCAGAGAAGCCAAACACUGGGACAUUUCACCCUUUAAUUCCUCAGUAUUCAUUUUGCGUUAAUUGACUUUCAGAAUUUCUCUACCGAAAUGAAAGGGAAAUUUUCUAAUCUGCUUUAUCCAUGUACUUGCAUUUCAAACAUGGACCUGCCAUUGUUAUUUGGCUCAUAACUGUUUCCAAAUGUUAGUUAUUAUGGACCCAGUUUAUUAACAACAUUAGCUGAUUUUUACCUAUCAGUAUUAUUUUAUUUCUUUUAGUUUAUAGAUCUGUGCAACAUUUUUGUACUGUAUGUCUUCAAACUUGGCAGUAUUAAUACCCUUCUUACUGACAUAUGUACUUUUAGUUUUAGAAAACUUUUAUAUUUAUGUGUCUUAUUUUUAUAUUUCUUUAUUUAUUACACAGUGUAGUGUAUAAUACUGUAGUUUGUAUUAAUACAAUAAUAUAUUUUAGUAUGAAAAUUUGGAAAGUUGAUAAGAUUUAAAGUAGAGAUGCAAUUGGUUCUCUUGCAUUGAGAUUUGAUUUAACAGUGUUAUGUUAACAUUUAUACUUGCCUUGGACUGUAGAACAGAAUUUAAAUGGGAAUGUAUUAGUUUUACAACUGCAAUCAAGUCAUUUUACCUUUACCCAGUUUUUAAUAUAAAACUCUUAAAUUUUGAAAUUCACUGUGUGACUAAUAGCAUGAUGCUCUGCGGUUUUAUUAAGAGAUUAGUCUAACCAUAAAACUCUCAUUUCCUUAGGAAGCCAAAUUAGGAUAACCUCAUGUAAACAGUGUUGGGAACAACGUUUAACAUUUUGUGCCAAUUUGUUCCUGUAUUCAUGUAUGUAAGUUACAAAUCUGACUCUUCAUUUUUAAGUUCCUUGUUACACCAUGGUCAUUUUCUAGUUUUUUACCAGACUCCCCAUCUCACAAUAAAAUGCAUCAACAAGCCUGA